CCACUGUCAUCGACUGCGCCAGUCAUAUAUACUGGUAGAUACACAUCGCUUGGCGCAUACUCGCCUGGUAAGUAAUCCAAGGGUGCGCACACAAAGGGUAGCGAAACUCCUUGCUGCCCCUGGAGUAAAAAGAGUGAACAACAGGACAUGACAUUGAUAUUUUCCGACGGAGACGCAUCAGCCUGGCGCGCACUCAUCUGGUCAAUUGCCCACGGGUGUGCACGCAAGGCGGAAUGAAAGAAACGAUCGCCUCCGCGCUGAACAGAAAGAAGCUGCACUGGCUGGGUCUCGCGCCAGAGACACAACCGCCUCGCGCGCACUUAUCUGGUCGAUUGCCCAAGGAUGCGUGCGCAAGGUGGAGCGACCAGUUCUUGAAAGUAAAGGAAUGCAUCACAUUCAGUGGGCUGACCGCAAGCGGACAUCACCUGCAAGCCAGCAUUGCAGCCCGACGCGCAUUGGCGCGACCGGCGCACAUGCUGAGGCGCCGACCACUUCCCUCUCUGAACAUUCGAACGCCAACAGUGGAUCUCCGCCACCCUGUCGCAGGCACGGUGGGGCCAUGUGAGAGCGCUUCCCUUGGCUUUCGGGAAAUGUUUCUGCUGUUCUCUGGAAGCGACGCCCCCCUGCCAUGCCGCGCGCAUCGUGCCCUCUGCACUUUGCUCCACGGCUCCACGAAACACGCGCGGAGCGCGGAAUGCGUGCCCCAACGCUGAGAGCCAACGCGAUGGGCGCCGCCGCCGCCGCGAACUGGGCGGCGGAGCUCGGGCCGGCCUUUUCGGCCCGCCGGGGCCUCGGGCCCGCCGAACGCGGGCAGCUCACGAGGACAUCUCGGCGGAGGUGCCCUGCUGCACGGCGGUCGAGCUGCUGCCCCCGCCCUCCGGCGGGGCCGCCCUCGUGGCCUUCCGCUGCAGGCGGCGCCGCUGCGUCCUGGUGAUGGUGAGCUUGUCCAGCGCCGCCGCCCCCUCGCCCUCCGAGCUGCUGGGCCCCCCGCCCUCGCUCGCGGGCUGCGGGCCCUCCGCGGUGCUGCCGCGCGAGCUCCCCCGCGGUGCUGCUGCUCGGAGCUCGCGGGCCGCGCCGGCACUCGGUCGCGCUGUGACGGCGCCGCGCGGCCUCGUCUCGGGAGGGGGCGCGGUCGGCUUCAGGUCGCGCGGCCUCGCCUCGGGACUGCACCCGAGGCCUUCAAGGACCCCGCUGCUCUGGGAGAGGAGCUUGGCGGGCACGCGGGAGGGCGAUGCGUCGUGUGUGGGGUCCGACGUCGCGCGCUCGCGGCGCUCGCCCACUGUGACGUAGUCGAUCCAUGGCGACUGGCAGUCCAGGAAAGUGUUCUUGGUCGUCAAGCCCAGCGGCAAAUGGUGCGCCACAGCUGGCAUGGCCCCCCGUGGCAACGCACUGCCCACGAACCCCAGGGGCGCGUGCCCAGAGAAGCGGCGCGGCCUGAGCCACAGUGGCUGCCGAAGGGAAUGCCUGGCCCUGGCCAUGGUAUCCUCGGGAGCGGCCAAGAGGGGGGUGUCCAAGAGGGGGACGUGCAAAUCAUGACCGGCGGCA